GGGAGCGAGCCGCCGCCCCUGCCCGCCCGGGGCCCCUUGGGGCGCAUGGGGUGCUUCGAGUCGGGAUCGCGUGCGGGUCCCGCGCCCAGCCGCCUGCUGCGGUAAGAAGCCGCGCCGGGACGCCCCCAGACCCCGAGCUGCCGGGAGGAUGACCAUGGCUGGGGGCAGGAGGGGACUGGUGGCCCCGCAAAACACGUUUCUGGAGAAUAUUGUCCGGCGGUCCAAUGAUACUAAUUUUGUGUUGGGGAAUGCCCAGAUAGUGGACUGGCCUAUCGUGUACAGCAAUGAUGGAUUUUGCAAGCUGUCUGGUUAUCACAGGGCAGAAGUGAUGCAAAAAAGCAGUACCUGCAGUUUUAUGUAUGGGGAGCUGACUGAUAAAGACACAAUUGAAAAGGUGCGACAAACCUUUGAGAAUUAUGAGAUGAAUUCCUUUGAAAUUCUGAUGUACAAGAAGAACAGGACACCUGUGUGGUUCUUUGUGAAAAUUGCUCCAAUUCGAAACGAACAGGAUAAAGUGGUUUUAUUUCUUUGCACUUUCAGUGACAUAACCGCUUUUAAACAGCCGAUUGAGGAUGAUUCAUGUAAAGGCUGGGGGAAGUUUGCUCGGCUGACCAGAGCACUGACAAGCAGCAGGGGUGUCCUGCAGCAGCUGGCUCCCAGUGUGCAAAAGGGUGAGAACGUCCACAAGCACUCCCGCCUGGCAGAGGUCCUGCAGCUGGGCUCAGACAUCCUUCCCCAAUACAAGCAAGAGGCACCAAAGACUCCCCCUCAUAUCAUCUUACAUUACUGUGUUUUUAAGACCACGUGGGAUUGGAUCAUUUUGAUCUUGACCUUCUACACAGCCAUCUUGGUCCCUUACAACGUCUCAUUUAAAACCAGGCAGAACAACGUGGCCUGGCUGGUUGUGGACAGCAUCGUGGAUGUCAUUUUUUUGGUGGACAUUGUGCUGAAUUUUCAUACCACCUUUGUUGGACCAGCGGGGGAGGUGAUUUCUGACCCCAAACUUAUCCGCAUGAACUACCUGAAGACGUGGUUUGUGAUUGACCUUCUGUCCUGUUUGCCAUAUGACGUCAUCAACGCUUUUGAGAACGUGGAUGAGGUUAGUGCCUUUAUGGGUGAUCCAGGGAAGAUUGGUUUUGCUGAUCAGAUUCCACCACCACUGGAGGGGAGAGAGAGUCAGGGCAUCAGCAGCCUCUUCAGCUCUCUGAAAGUUGUUCGGCUGCUCCGUCUUGGGCGAGUAGCCCGUAAGCUGGACCACUACAUUGAAUAUGGAGCUGCCGUGCUGGUCCUGCUGGUGUGUGUGUUUGGGCUGGCCGCACACUGGAUGGCCUGCAUCUGGUACAGCAUUGGGGACUAUGAGAUCUUUGAUGAGGACACCAAGACCAUCCGCAACAACAGCUGGCUCUACCAACUGGCAAUGGACAUUGGCACCCCUUACCAGUUUAAUGGGUCUGGCUCAGGGAAGUGGGAAGGUGGUCCCAGCAAGAACUCGGUCUACAUCUCCUCAUUGUAUUUCACCAUGACCAGCCUCACCAGUGUGGGCUUUGGGAAUAUCGCCCCAUCCACAGACAUCGAGAAGAUCUUUGCAGUGGCUAUCAUGAUGAUUGGCUCACUUCUCUAUGCCACCAUCUUCGGAAACGUGACGACAAUUUUCCAACAGAUGUACGCCAAUACCAACAGGUACCACGAGAUGCUCAACAGUGUUCGGGACUUCCUGAAGCUCUACCAGGUGCCCAAAGGACUGAGCGAGCGAGUCAUGGACUAUAUUGUGUCUACCUGGUCCAUGUCUAGAGGCAUCGACACAGAGAAGGUCCUGCAGAUCUGCCCCAAGGAUAUGCGAGCUGACAUCUGCGUGCAUCUGAACCGCAAGGUGUUCAAAGAGCACCCUGCCUUCCGACUGGCCAGCGAUGGUUGCCUGCGGGCUCUGGCCAUGGAGUUCCAGACAGUGCACUGUGCCCCGGGGGACCUCAUCUACCAUGCCGGAGAGAGUGUCGACAGCCUCUGUUUUGUGGUCUCUGGCUCCCUGGAGGUGAUCCAAGAUGAUGAGGUGGUGGCCAUCCUAGGGAAAGGAGACGUGUUUGGAGACGUGUUCUGGAAGGAAGCCACCCUUGCCCAGUCCUGUGCUAACGUUAGGGCCUUGACCUACUGUGACCUCCAUGUGAUCAAACGGGACGCUCUACAGAAAGUGCUGGAGUUCUACACAGCCUUCUCUCACUCCUUCUCCCGGAACCUGAUCCUCACCUACAACCUGAGGAAGAGGAUCGUGUUCCGGAAGAUUAGCGACGUGAAACGGGAGGAGGAAGAGCGCAUGAAACGGAAGAACGAGGCCCCCCUGAUCCUGCCCCCAGACCAUCCUGUCCGGCGGCUUUUCCAGAGGUUCCGACAGCAGAAAGAGGCCAGGCUGGCGGCGGAGAGAGGGGGCCGGGACCUGGACGACCUGGACGUGGAGAAGGGCAACACCCUCACGGAGCACGCCUCAGCCAACCACAGCCUGGUGAAGGCCAGCGUGGUCACGGUGCGCGAGAGCCCCGCCACGCCCGUGUCCUUCCAGGCGGCCUCCACCUCCGCAGUGUCCGACCACGCCAAGCUGCACGCGCCGGGGACGGAGUGCCUGGGCCCCAAGGGCGGUGGUGGCGACUGUGCCAAGCGCAAAGGCUGGGCCCGCUUCAAAGAUGCAUGUGGGAAGGGCGAGGACUGGAACAAGGUGUCCAAGGCUGAGUCGAUGGAGACGCUCCCGGAGAGGUCGAAGGCAUCAGGAGAGGCCACGCUGAAGAAGACCGACUCCUGCGACAGCGGCAUCACCAAGAGCGACUUGCGUCUGGACAACGCAGGCGAGGCCAGGAGUCCCCAGGACCGGAGCCCCAUCCUGGCUGAGGUCAAGCAUUCUUUCUACCCCAUCCCCGAGCAGACGCUGCAGGCCACCGUCCUGGAAGUGAAGCAUGAGCUAAAGGAGGACAUCAAGGCCUUGAACGCCAAAAUGACCAAUAUUGAGAAACAGCUCUCGGAGAUACUCAGGAUAUUAACUUCCAGAAGAUCCUCUCAGUCGCCUCAGGAGCUGUUUGAAAUAUCGAGGCCCCAGUCACCAGAAUCUGAGCGAGACAUUUUUGGGGCCAGCUGAGAGGUUUGUUUAAUAACACAAAGGUCAAAAACAAAAUCCUGUACCCCUGCCCUAGACAACACCCCACCACACAUGCCCACGUGACCAACAGUUUUCAAAGUAGGCUUUUCCUGACAGGAAAUCAAAGUGGGACCAGUGGCUUAGGCAUGCUCAGGCUCUCCCUUCCAGAAAAAGGGGAAGCAUCUCAUGCCCCACCCUGCAAGAUGGCAGCCACAUCUGAACAGCCUUUGCACAAUUCUGGAAGCAGAGGCGCGCUGUCUAAAGGGUAUUUUUCUUCAUUUAAAAUUUUUUUUACUACUAUGAUAUUUAUAAAAGGUUACACUCACCAGAAAAGAAGAACCAGCCAUUUAGGGAUUGGCGGGAGAGUACAGAGAACCCUUCAUGUAUAUACCAUGCUGAGCUCCUUCACCGAGACCCCCAAAGACCAAGGUAUGGGCAGGGACUUCCCAUUGUUCCCCAACCUUGUACAGCCUGUCUUACAUCACCAUUUUCCUAUGGUCAUCAUUUGGGACAUGGGGAGUUUGAGGGAUGGGGAGUACAGAGCCUUUCAUCUCUGUUGCUGAAAGCUAAAGAGUAGGUGCUGUGCGUGCCUCCCACAGACACACACAGAUGGACAGGGCCCUCUGGGCUCCAAGGACUCUGUGGUGUAGCUCGUAGCCUGCUCCUGUGGAUAGUUGACAGGGAGGCUACAGGUGGGCCUCCGGCCCCGCUCCAUGCCGCAAGCCUCAUUGCACAGACUACUCUGCUUCCUUCCCUUCUUGACCUCUUCCCGAGUGUUCCGGUGGCAUUCCUCAGGGUAUGGAGCAUCGGCAGGAAGGGGCCUGAACCCAGAGUUGCUUUACUAACAAAGCAGACACACACACACACACGCGCGACCUCAGAAAAAUGAUUGUAGCAAGUGCUAGGUUUAUAUUUUGAUUCUCAUGGGGAUUGCCCUUCAGAAGUUUGUAUUUUGUACACUGCAUGGGGUCAUUAAAGGACACUUGGGAGCCAUGCUUGGCCUUAUUUGAAAGCAACCUCUUUCCUACAGAAUGAAGACAGCAGGACCAUGAUAACCAAGAACACAACAGGUUUUUGAGUUGUUUCAGUAACUCUGGUCCAUGGAGGAACAUCUGAGCACAGAACACUAUGUGGGCUGUCCCAGUCCCUAUACCAUGAUGCUCAGGGACACUUGCUGCUUCAUUAGCUGGGGUCAGGGUAUUCAAGGUCUUGGGCUUCUCUCAGUGGCAUCAAAGAAAGGACAGAACUGCACUCUCUAUAGUGAGGUGAUGGGACACUAACCCUGCUAAGAAAGCAAGGUUGGAAGUUCAGCCCUGCAGCUGGGGAACAGCAAGAGCUUGUCUAGGCUGUUGACCUUUGCCACACUGUCAUGACCCUGUCCCCUGUUGUUGAGUUGCUGUCAAGAUUUUGAAUCCCAUUGCCCCUAGGGAAACUGAUAGGUGGAGACCUGUCCUUCCAAAGAUACUCAGCAUUUCAAAAAGGAGCCUGCCCCUCCCCCUUAGUCCUGCUCAACAGCUGCAGCAUGUCCCAGGACUUGGAACUCACCUGUCUGAGCUCCCAGAGUUGACACAGAUGGCCUAGGUGGUCAAGGGCAUGCCCACAUGUAGCUUUUGGCCUCAUAUGGCCUCCAGGAAAGUGUACUUUGCCAAAGCCAAGUCACAACUGUUUGUGACUCUGGCUAAAGCUGGGUGAGCAUCAGACUAACUUGAGCAGCUGCCAACUCAUCCUUGGGGCAGAGACCGUAAAAUAUCUGGACUCCUAUCCUGUAAAUGAUACUAAUCCUCUGACAUUCUCCUUAACCUGCUUCGAAAGCUUAGGACCUGCUACUUGAGGGCAGAGCCCCUAAUCACCCCAGCUUCAGAAACAACUGCCUAGAGAUUUUCCUUUGCUUCUCUGGGGACUUGAGAGGCCUCAAUCACCACUUCACAGCCAGUGUGGAGAGGCUCUGCCAGAGGGAGAGGGGUGUCUAUUAAGAAAUAUCUACCCCUGCCACACCAUAGGCCUGAGAGGCAAAGAUGCUGAAGUCCAGACUUGCUUUGGGGAAAGAUCUUCAGAAAUACAUUCUGGUAUCAGAGUGAGCUAAUGACUCGAAGCCCAGACCUGCAGUGGGACUCUGCUCAUCUCCAGGCUACAGAGUCCACAAUAUAAGUUCCUGUAGGUGACAGAACACCAGGAGUAUGGCUGUAUCUGCUUUUAUUCUCUAAGGAUUUUAGAAAGUUUUUUUUUUUUCCCCCAUUGGAAAAACAUUUGUAAAUGAGCCACUCCUUUUUUCCUUUUGAUGACGUGUACUUGGCCACAAGCUGCUUUGUGCUACCUACCCACCCUUGCCAGGACACACCUCUGCAUUUCCAAGCAAGGACCACAAGCAUCAGAUACCACUGACCUGCACCUUUCAGCAGAAACUAUCAUCUGGUGGCCCAAAAGAAUCAGAGGAACCACAGGCCGCUAGGAAUUAGACCAAACAGACUUCGGGAAAAUUAGAUAUUUUUACAUUAUUUUUCCUUUGGGAGGAGACAGAUAUCUCAUGUGUUGCUCCAUUGUGCAGUUAAGUGCUGGUUACCUGAUCUCUACUGAACUGCUUAUUUUGAAUGUCAUUCAUGAAGAAGGUCCUGCCCCUGUCACUUAGGGCUUUGUGUUGAACAUGCUUUCCCCUGCAGAUGUAGGUGUGGGAUGCAGACUGAGUCUAAGAAACAAGAUGGUGUGUUUGUUCUUGGUACAGGGUGCCAAUUCCAGCAUGCUGCCAUCCCACAGGCCCACAAAGAGCUCCUCUGCAGGGUGAGAUGAAACAGCCCAAGGAUGGAGGCAGCCAUUUGGUUGAAAAGCUCUAGUCUCGUGCCCAAUUAAUGCAAAUACUUAAUUGCAUUAAUGCAAUGCUACAUCUGCUAAUAAGGCUACAACAUGGCCCAAGUUAAAAAGCUGUGCUCAUUCCAUUUCGGAAAUACAUUUCUGGCUUUGAUCGCUUGGGCCCAAUUCCUGGGUCCUGUUUUACUCUUGACCUCCUGGCUCCUCUGUGUUGCUGCUAACUAUUUAUUCAUCAGCUCCUUUCCUGGAAUCUUCCUUCUUCAAAAGUGGGGGUAACUGGGCAAGAGGCAAAAAUACACUCCACCAUCCUACCCUAUGCGGCAAACUUUAUUUUCCAAAUCCUUAGGUGGAAAGUAAGAGGACUAAGCCAAGUUGGAGUGAGGAUGCUGUCAGAACUCUUUAGGAAUAUUAGUUGAAGAUUAUUUCCACUUGUUGCACUGACCACAUCUCACAUGUAUACUCUAGGACAUUUUAGGAGCCCUGGUGGAGAUACAAGUUGCUGAUAUGCAUUUGAUUAACAGAAUGUACUAUGUUUUGCAAUAAAGAUGUUUAGCCUUAAGACCUUUGAAUGAAACUCCAGUUGUGAUGGAGCUGCCAAUGCCCCUUCCUCUCCUCCCUCCUACUGUUGCUUAAAGAGGAGGUCCUUUGAGGGUGCACUCCAGCCCCUGGAGGCCCUUUCCUGUAAGUCAUUGUUACUGCUCCAUAUACUGCCUUCUCACUCGCUUCAAUAAGAAUUACCUUCACCAGCUCCUCCUCCACCCUGCACUGGGAGGAGACUUCAUUAUCCUUUUAGUACUGACUGCAGCUAUCAGACAAAGCAUCGUUUUCUCACCCAUGGUGGUGGUGGUGGUGAAAAGUUUUAGUAUCUCCCCCUGCCCCUACACUUCAAAAGAAUCAAUGUGAAUUUGCCUGAAGUUUAAACUAGUUUCAAAUGAAACUUCAUUUUCACGCAAGCAUAUCAGACUCAUUCUGGAAUCUCUAAAACUGAACUUAUCUACCCUAGAGGUGCCAGACCUGGUGGGUACUCCCUCUACCUGCCAUUCAACUUUUCUUAGAUUGUGUCUUUGUGAUUUCUGAGUCAUCCAGUGGAUCCAUUCGUUGUUCAAUGACAAGUUCACAGAUCUUGUAUCAGGAGAUGAACUCUUUGUAAAGGAUGCAACCCCCUACCCCAAUGAAUGUAUUCUCUUAGUAUUCAGACACUGUAUUUAUGCAUCAGUUGGAGACUGUCCACAUCCAACAUUUCAUCACAAGGACAUUUCUACUCAUGAGCAGUUCAUCAUUCUGGGGCUUCUCCUUAUAUUAAUAAUCUUUCCAUUGAGUCCUGCCAAAUCCUUUUUUUCUUCUUUGCAUCUGUCACUUUGUCCAAAUGAGCAUGAAUAAGCAAGUGCAAAUAAGCUGAUACUAUUUUUGUGGUCAGCUGAGGAUGCUGCCAGUAACUCCACUGUAUGUCUGCAGCUUGAGAAUGUUAAGAGGAACACACGGGCCCCUCCAUUGAUGAUAUUCCCUUCUCAACAUUUUUAA